AUGAAUCUGAGGUCGCCUUAUUAUCAAGUCAUCGACGGCGUCCGGCGCUCCGCUAUCGUCCAGCCGGAGAUCUUGAGAAAAGCCCUGCGCUUCACGCCAGCGAAGGGAGACAUAUUGCAGAUGUCGUAUCCGAAAUGCGGGACGCAUUGGAUGCAGUACCUGACGCUCCUGGUUCUCAACGAAGGGCGGCCCAUCAGGAGCUAUCAAGAGUUUGUGAGCAGUGGUCGAUCUCUCGAGUACGCCGGCGUCGAGGACUGGAAACCGUACAAUGGUGUACGGACACUUCCGUACAGAGCGCUGAUGACGCAUUUGGACCCACCCACGAAGAAUCGUCUCAACAUGAACGCGAAGUACGUGUACGUGGCACGCAACCCCUGGGACUGUUGCGUCUCCUUCUACCACCACGUGUCGAAUCUCAGUCCGUUUCGUUUCCAAGACGGGACGUUCGACGAGUUUCUCGCCUCGUUCCUGAGAGGCGACUUCGGCUACGGUGACUACUUCGACCACCUCUUGGCCGGUUACGCCCUGAAAGAAGAACCUAACGUGUUUUCGUCACGUACGAGCAGCUCAAGAGGGACGGCUCUGGAAACGGACAAACACCUGCUCGGCACGUUGCUGGAGAGGUCGACGGUGGAGAGCAUGAGGAACGCGCUCGUUCUGGACUUAGCGGGAAAGGAGAAUCCUGCAAUGAAGGGCCUCUUCAAGGGUCGUGAAGUUUACGCGAAUGUCGGAUACCAGGGUGACAAGAGGAAGUAUUCCUUCGUUCGGAAUGGUGUAAGAAAUCAUAAGGGGCUUCCUCGAUCGCUGCUAUGUUCCACCGUGCGGGACUGA